CUUUGCAUGCUAGAAGUCGCUCACAAAACGUCACGUCGUGAAAAAGCAUAAUUGUUGAAAGGGAUAAGCAACAAAAAUUAUCUACUAACAAUCCAUAUCUCAGCCGCAGAAUACAUCGCCGAACAGCGGUAGAUUAGUUGCAGCGAAGGUACCAUCGAUUUCGGCAGUUUGCUUGUAGCUUCAGUUGCAAGCGUGCCUGCGCUUUGUUGAAACGCCGGUGCACUUGUUUUGCGUUUGUGUGCGAGUGAGUGUGUGCGUAUUGUGUUUGUGCGUGAGCGCGCGGCAAAGUGCUUGGCGCUUUUUGUUUUGCUGGGAAGCGGAAUCAAGAGCCGGAACACCUAAGAAAUAGUCUCCCCGCGUACCGGUCACGAUGGCUACGACGGCUAAGAAAGCGAAGAAAUCGGCCGAAGCAAUGAUCGAUGAGCCGGAGGCACUGGAAGCGGUGGACAGUUGCCAGAAUGACAUCGAUGCCCUGAACGAGCAGGCAAGCGAGGAAAUACUGAAGGUGGAACAGAAGUACAACGAGAAGCGGAAGCCGCUGUACCAGAAGCGCAACGAGUACAUCAAGCGUAUUCCCACCUUUUGGAUGACGGCCAUCAUGAAUCAUCCCCAAAUAUCCAGCAUCCUGGAGCAGGAGGAAGAGGAUUGCCUACAGUACCUCGAGAAGCUGGAGGUAGAGGAGUUCGAAGAUAUCAAGAGCGGAUAUCGAAUUCUGUUUCAUUUUGAGGAAAAUCCGUUCUUCGAAAAUUUGGUACUCACCAAGGAGUUUAAGCUGGGUUCGAACGGAGAAAGUCCUUCCUCGACAAGCACUGCGAUCAAAUGGAAGCCGGAUCACGAUCUGACCAAAGUGCUGCCAAAGAAGAUGGAUAGCAACCGGCGAAAGCGUGGCCUGGAAAAUCGAACCUUUUUCGACUGGUUCACCGAUAAUAAUGAUCCCAUCAAUGACGACAUUGCCGAACUGAUCAAGGACGAUCUGUGGCCGAACCCGUUACAGUACUAUCUGGUGCCGGAUAUCGAAGUUGAGCCGGAGGACGAUGACGAUGGCGAUGGUGGUGACGAAGAGUUCGGGGAGGAAGGUGACGAGGAGGAGGUAGAUGAGGUGGAAGACGAGGAAGAAAAGACAUCUUAAACAAGGUGUAACGUAUCUCUUACUGAAUAAGAAACAAUGCCCUCGUCAGGCGGGAAGGCCAUAAUAAUUCCUGUUGUCGAUGGAAAAUUCCUGUUGGAAAUGGAAAUCAAACAAACUGCGUGUACUCGGGUAGGCCGAAUGAACAAUGUACCGAGUUGUGUGUCGGGUCAAAGCAGAAUCUUCUAAUCGGAAUUCCAUAAUCUAGUAGAGUAACAUUAUUUAUGCUUAGUGUUGUAAGCAGACAGCAUGCAGGCGUACCUACCUGUGGUCAGUAUAAUGCAGACGUUCCAUUUUGUCCCCCCCUAUGUUGAGGUGCCCAUCCGGGCCCCGACUAGUUGACUCAGACGCCUAGAUUCAGAGUGUACUAGAUUAGAAUCGAACAAGCAGAUGAAGUUAAUUGUAACUGAGAACGGUCCUUUCCUUAGUGAUUUUCCCUAAUCACGUGCUAAAUAUACUAUCUUUGACGGAAUCAAGUAA